AUGGAGAGAGACGAUGGCCCUUCAGCCAGUAAUAAAUCUACCGUUAUUAAAGCAGGGCAAGAAACAAUGGAACGAUUAGAUGUACUGGUAUGUGGACAGUGUCAUUCUCUCUUUCAUUUUAUCGAAGAGUUUCAAGAACAUCGUUCAAAAGAGGGAGCCUGCUCCAAAACAUCAUGUAUUCAUGACACCAUAGACGAUAAUAGACAAAAAGCACAAGAAUGGGCGUUUCUAUUAUGGAAGGGUAUACAAAUUCAAGAUAGUUCAGACAUAGAAGCAUCUAAUACUUCGACAUUGCACGAGAAAUGGUGUAAGAUGGAUACUAAAAUGAAGGAGGCUUGGGUCAUAUCGGGAAAAAUUGUACAAACCUUGACAAAAAUUAAUAAUGCAAAGAUGCAGGAUACGCUGAUGCAAUCAAAUACCAACGUUGAAAGUGCCAAACCGAUAAUAGUUCGUAAAGUUGUCAGAAAUGAACAACCGGAAGAGACAGGCGAAGCUAAAAAGGAUUCUGCGACAUCACUGGAAACAAAAAAGAAUGAAUCUAUGGAAAUUGAAGUAGACAAGAAGGAAAAAUCAAGACUGAAAUCAUCGAUCAAGCCCAAAACCAAAUCUGACAAAGCAACUACCGAAGAAGAUGCAGACCAAAAUACAGACCAAAGUAACGAAGAAUAUAUUAUCGAUAAAAUAUUAGCCAAACGUUUUAAUACUGAAAAGAGAUGCUCGGAAUACUUAAUCAAAUGGGAAGGCUAUCCAGAUGAAAAAAAUACAUGGGAAUCUGCAGAGUUUGUAGCAACAUACAAAAGUUUAUUGGAUGAAUUUGAGCGGAGUCAUGCCAAGCAAAAGGAGUCUAAAGAAGCGCAACAGAAGGAUAAUACAAAAGUCGAACGUGUGAGUUUGCCGUUACAAAAAUCAGUGAUAAAAACUGAGACUAGUCAGCCUGGACCAAGUACUGCUCAAACAGGACGCUCAAUGCGGUCUAAUAAAUCAAAAGCGAUGGAUCAGCCUGGACCAAGUACUACUCAAAUAGAACGCUCAAUGCGGUCUAAUAAAUCAAAAGCGAUGGAUCAAAUCAAGCAAUGGUGUGACUUAAUGAAAGAUAAAGAGAAUAAACUAUUAAAUAAAAGAAGGAUCGAUGAUUCGAAAAGUGAUUCGGAAAAAGGAGGAAGCAGUACCUCAAAGGAAACGACAGAUGACGCGAGCAGUGAUGAUGAAUGGACUGGGGAAGACGAAAGACCAUUGAGCCAACGUAUUCAACGUUCAUUCAAUCGCACUGAUGCGCAGUCGAGUAGAUUCGACAAAACCUCGAUUUCAUCCACUGAACUGACAACGUCAUUAGAAUUGCAAUCUGCAGAUGAAGCAAAAUCUAGCCAACCACCUGUUUUAGUGGCUAACACCGAGGAGGUUGUUAAUGUCGAUCCCAAACAAAUGCCAAAUUUGGCUUCCGAUCUCAACGUUACAUCGCGAAAAGACAGUAUCAUUAAAUUGAAUUCCCCCAUUGGGAAACUAGCUGUUAAAGGAUCUUCGAUGACGCAAGGUGUUGCAAUGGUUCAAAAUCAAGCUAAUAUAAAUAUAAUCAACUACAAGUGUGGAAAGUGUAGUAAAAUAUUUAUUUGUGAAUUGCAUUUGCACAAGCAUGAAAAAAUUCAUAAGGAAGAAUCUUAUCAAUGCGAGUUUUGUGGAAAAGUAUUUGCUGAGUUAUCGAAUGUAUAUAGACACAAGAGAGAAAUCCAUUUCAACGUACAUAAGGAUUGUGACGAUUGUAAGAAGGGUUUCGAUAAUGAACAGGAUUUGAAUAAUCAUUUAGUUACGAAGCAUUCUGACAUCGAAAGACCAUAUAAAUGUGAUACAUGUUCAGCUACAUUUAAACGUUUGAAUACCCUUAAACAGCAUAUAAACAUACAUGCAAGCGAGAAACCAUAUGUUUGCAAGACAUAUUCACAUUCUGCGCGUGACGAGCAACACUUGAAGAAAUUGGCGAGACAAAGCCUCGAGAUGACAAAUGAAACUCGAAUUUAUCGAAGAAAGCAACAAUUGGAUAAAAAUCAAUUCUUUGAACAAGAAGAAGGAUUAUUAUAUGGCCCUGAUAUAGCUGAUUAG